AGUUGUGCCCGUUAGCCUCCGGGAGGGGCUUUUUUUCGCGCCUGCGUCUGACGCUGCAUUUCUUUCUGCCUUUUUCCCUUUUCUCUCGAAUGCUGGCUUGGCUGACUUGGAUUCACCCACACAUCCAUGCCCAUUCUUUCUCCUGGCUUCUUGAUCACCUGCAGCAGGUUGCUGCACCGAGAGUUUAGGUUAACUCCAUCGAGCAUGAUCCUUCUCUGUCUUCGGUCAUAGAUGUGUCUCUCAGGGAAGAGCAUAUGAUCAGUUGGCCUCUUUCUUCCUCAAAAAGUCGCCCUGGUGUUCUGAUUCCCUCCCGCUUUCUUCCAACACUUCUUCAACAUCUAGUCCGGAAACCACCCCCACCUCGUUUCUGCCAUAUACCCCAUACAUACCCUGAAUUGAAGCAUGUCCCAGCAAGCUUCCAAAGCGUAUCGUCAUAUUGCCCCCAAAGAAGACGGCCGAGAGUCGACUCCGCCGAAUACUGCUGCUGGUGCUCUUCUUGUCGACGAUUCGAGAAACCGGAGAGCGUCGGCCGCGUGCGGCGAGUGUCAACGGAGGCGAACGAGAUGCAUCCCCGAAGGUACUGGAAACCCCUGUACCGAAUGCCGGAUACAUGGUCGUGAGUGCGUAGUCAAUUUAAGCACCGACAAACGCCGCAAGGCCGCCGCCAGGCAGACUGAGGAACUCCUGAAAUUAUAUAGGGGUCUGGUGGAAGCAAUGCUGGGGUCCUUGCGAAUCGAGGACCCCAAGAUCACCCAAGAGGUUUUGGCCCAUGUCAGGACGAAGCUUCCCCUCCCGCGUCUUCUCAAGCAUCUUCUCGAGUACGUGGAUGUUCCUAGCCGCGAUGAGGUAAAAGUGAAAGUGAGAUUGGGAUUGAGAACAAGGAGGAGGAUGCCAGCGAGGAUGGGAGCGAGGAUGAGGAUGAGGAUGAGGACGAGGAUGAUGAUGAGGAGGGGCAGGGGAUAGUUCAGGGGCAGUUGCAGCCAGGGGUCUAUGCUGGCCAAUAUAUGGGAUGGCAUGGGCUUGUUGGCAACAGAUAUAACCCCUCGGCCAAAUAAUCGC